UUGCAGAGAACGCCGACAACCUGAGGACACGAGUCCUCCAAUAAAUCCUCAUCAUCAUCAUCAUCAUCCGGUCGAUUCGCAGUCAAGAUCGAUGACAUGUACUGGACGACUUGUGGACUGACUUUUUCGUUUUCUAUCUCUUGAUCCAUUGUUUCUUUUUGAAUUAACAAUAAUUUUAAUUGAAGUAGUUAGCUUAACGGUAACGCAGUGAUAUAUAUAAUACAAGAAUAUCAGAGAUCGUUAAUAUGCGCAAUAUUGCUUACCCAUGAUGAUAUAGUUUAACGUGAAUCAAUCAUUGGAUUGAUUAUUUAUGCGCGUAAACUUUCUAAUGUUCUAAUUGCACCUCCCACUUGUCUUCAUUGUCAGUUAACAACGACAAUACAAAACACAGUAAAAAAAUAAGGACACACGUUUAUUAUAUACCUCGCAGAUUUCGGACCAGAAACUGUCACUUCGGAACUCGGAUAUGAAUAUAUGAUGCCUUUGCUAUCCCCACUCCUCGUAUACCCUUGGUCAACAAGACGACAAACGACAACUAAUAUUAAAAGCUGGAACACGACGGAACCGGAACGCUACUCAUGUAGCAGAACGCGACCCGCGACCGACUACCAUGGGUCGGUUUUGAGGUUAUGUUGUUGUAAAUUUGAAGAUUUCGAGAUAAAUAAAUAAUUAAAGAUGUCAAUCGUCGCGCGAUUUUGCGAAAGGAGUGCUUACACUCUAAAACCAAAAAUCAGUAGUUACACAGUCGUUCGAACGGUUACUAAAGCAAAAAUACCAAACUCGACGUCCCGUGGGAUCGACAAGGAUGGUUUCCGAAUACUGGAGCUCGUACCCAAAAAGGCAGAAAGAGUAGCAAGAGUAGCCAGGAAAUUUGAGAGUCUGCCUCCAAGAGAGAAACAAAUGCCUACUGAUCAGGACUGGCCAUCGGUAUGGCCAGGCCAGAGAACAUUUCAUCCAGCAUCGGUUCCCCUUCCCAUCAGGCAAGGAUAUCCAUUGAAACGUCAAGGUCCACCAGGAAAGUACGGAAAUGCUGAAUUGAUGAAAAUACCAAAUUUCCUGCACUUGACACCUCCUGCCAUUAAGAGGCACUGCGAAGCACUGAAACAAUUCUGUACAGAAUGGCCAGCAGGACUGGAAAAAGAUGAAGAUUGUGCUAAGCAUUUCCCCCUUGAAGUUAUCACCUCUGAUUAUUGUUAUUCAGGUCCAUCAAUCAGAGAGCCACUGGCUAGAAUAGUUAGCUUUAGAGUAAAGCUUUCUAGCCUGAAUCUUGACACACAUGCAAAGGAUAAAAUGUUAAGGUUGUUAGGGGAUAAAUAUAAUCCAGAAACAGAUUUAAUAACAAUCACUACUGACCGUUGUCCUAUGAGGAAACAGAACUAUGACUAUGCAGAGUACCUUCUUACUGCUGUAUACCAUGAAUCAUGGCGAAAAGAAGCAUGGGAAGAUGAGAAGACACUGGCUGAUAUGGAAUAUUAUGAUUGGGACAAAGAGCAAAGUAGGAAGAAUCUGGUAACCAUUUACACUUGGCCUGAGAUACCGCAAGAUUAUGAUUAUGAGCGCAUACCUCACGCCACAGAAUACAAAAUUGCCGUCGCGGAUUUAAUGAACAACGGCGAGGACGAUUAUUCUGUUACUAAAUAUAAGGAAGCUGUUAAAAAGUUAUUGUUUUUAAAGCCGAGAAAUGAGAACCCAGAUGAUAAGAAAUAAAUGAUUUUGUUAAACUUGUAAAUCGUUGAUACUUCAAUCACCAGCCUAUUUCUACAAAAUCGAUUUUUUAAACUUUUAAUUUUUAAAUUUCAUGUAUUAUACAGAAUAAAGCUAACAGAUGUUC